AGAAUGUUGGCUGCUCCAGCUUUGCUGCUGACCACUCUGAAGGAGAUGAACCCACAUGAGCUGAAGACAUUUCAGUCUUUCCUGACUAGUGGCCUGCUGCCUGACUGUCCUCCCAUCCCAGAGAGUCAGCUGGAGAACGCUGACAGACAGGUCACAGUGGUUCAGAUGGUGAAGACAUACGGCCCUGAGAGAGCUGUGGAGAUCACACUGAGGAUCCUGAGGGGGAUGAAGCGGGUAGACCUAGCAGAGAAGUUAGAGACAGAUCACAGAGGAGGUAACAGAACAAGAAUGUACAUCAAUCUAUACAUCACAAUCACAGUUCAGUGGAGGUCUAACCAGAAAGAACAUUCAACUGACUUCAUAAUAACAUUCAGCAGGCCUCUCUUUUAUCAUUUUUAUUCAUGAUGUAUCCAGGUGGCCCCAUUAUGUUUAAACAGCAAUCCAACAUUCAUUAUAUUCCAUACAUACAAUCACCAAUACAGUAGGGAAGAUAUCACAAACAGAUUAGACUUUCUAAUCAUGGCUGUGUAUCUCUUCCUGAGCUGCCUAAUCUGGAAGAUGAACCAGAAUGAUCUGGUAGAGAAGUUAGAGAGAGAUCAGAGAAGUAGGAUUGUAGACAAGGACCCUAACUGUCUCUCUAUCCCCCCUCCUAUCUCCCCCUCUAUUUCCCCUGUUUCCCCCUCUUUCUCAAGUACUGCCUCAACCUCUCAUCUGUCCUUAUUCCCACCAGGCCCUGAUCCGUCCUCUCCCCUGUGUGGUUAUCCCCCAUUUCCCCCCUUCUCUCCAGCUCUAUCUUCUUCCCAGUGUGGUUACCCUCCAGUUCUUCCUCCUUCCUUUCUGUCUCAUCUAGGUUCUGGUAGUAGCUUAGGACAGCUCAUCUCACAGGUAAGAGGACCGUUAGAGAAGGAUCACUUCUACCCUCCUAUGUUAAAACACCUGUACUCACUGUCAUAGUCAGUUCUACAGUUCUACCCUCGUAUGUUAAAACACCUGUACUCACUGUCAUAGUCAGUUCUACAGUUCUACCCUCAUAUGUUAAAACACCUGUACUCACUGUCAUAGUCAGUUCUACAGUAUGAAAUGAUACAGUCCACACAUACAGUCUAGAUAAUUAACUGAUCUCUCAUGUACACUAUGAGUGGUGGGGGUCAGACUGCAUCCCUACACACACACACACACACACACACCAACUGUAAUCUAUUAUAUGAUGAUAUGAGAAUGAGAUAUUGAGAGACCAGUAGAAAUAUUCUAAUACGUCUUAACAAUAUUAAUACAUUCAUGUUCUUUAUUUUAUAUCAGUAGUCAGUUUUUCUAUUCCUUCCUCACUCUUGUUAUCUUUGUUGUUUUAGAGACCCUCCAUGUUGGCUGUUCCAGCUCUGCUGCUGACCACUCUGGAGGAGAUGAACCCACAUGAGCUGAAGACAUUUCAGUUUUUCAUGACUAGUGGCCUGCUGCCUGACUGUCCUCUCAUCCCAGAGAGUCAGCUGGAGAACGCUGACAGACAGGUCACAGUGGAUCAGAUGGUGAAGACAUACGGCCCUGAGAGAGCUUUGAAUAUCACACUGAGGAUCCUGAGGGGGAUGAAGCGGGUAGAACUAGCAGAGAAGUUAGAGACAGAUCACAGAGGAGGUAACAGAACAAGAAUGUACAUCAAUCUAUACAGUGGGGAAAAAAAUUAUUUAGUCAGCCACCAAUUGUGCAAGUUCUCCCACUUAAAAAGAUGAGAGAGGCCUGUAAUUUUCAUCAUAGGUACACGUCAACUAUGACAGACAAAGUGAGAAAAAAAAUCCAGAAAAUCACAUUGUAGGAUUUUUUAUGAAUUUAUUUGCAAAUUAUGGUGGAAAAUAAGUAUUUGGUCACCUACAAACAAGCAAGAUUUCUGGCUCUCACAGACCUGUAACUUCUUCUUCACAUUUACAUUUUACAUUUUAGUCAUUUAGCAGACACUCUUAUCCAGAGCGACUUACAGUUAGUGAGUGCAUACAUUAUUAUUUUUUUUAUUUUUAUUUUUUAUACUGGCCCCCCGUGGGAAUCAAACCCACAACCCUGACAUUGCAAACGCCAUGCUCUACCAACUGAGCUACAUCCCUGCCGGCCAUUCCCUCCCCUACCCUGGACGACGCUGGGCCAAUUGUGCGCCGCCCCAAUGGACUGUCCUCCUGUGGACUAUCCUCCACUCGUUACCUGUAUUAAUGGCACCUGUUUGAACUUGUUAUCAGUAUAAAAGACACCUGUCCACAACCUCAAACAGUCACACUCCAAACUCCACUAUGGCCAAGACCAAAGAGCUGUCAAAGGACACCAGAAACAAAAUUGUAGACCUGCACCAGGCUGGGAAGACUGAAUCUGCAAUAGGUAAGCAGCUUGGUUUGAAGAAAUCAACUGUGGGAGCAAUUAUUAGGAAAUGGAAGACAUACAAGACCACUGAUAAUCUCCCUCGAUCUGGGGCUCCACGCAAGAUCUCACCCCGUGGGGUCAAAAUGAUCACAUGAACGGUGAGCAAAAAUCCCAGAACCACACAGGGGGAUCUAGUGAAUGACCUGUAGAGAGCUGGGACCAAAGUAACAAAGCCUACCAUCAGUAACACACUACGCCGCCAGGGACUCAAAUCCUGCAGUGCAAGACGUGUCCCCCUGCUUAAGCCAGUACAUGUCCAGGCCCGUCUGAAGUUUGCUUGAGUGCAUUUGGAUGAUCCAGAAGAGGAUUGGGAGAAUGUCAUAUGGUCAGAUAAAACCAAAAUAGAACGUUUUGGUAAAAACUCAACUCGUCGUGUUUGGAGGACAAAGAAUGCUGAGUUGCAUCCAAAGAACACCAUACCUACUGUGAAGCAUGGGGGUGGAAACAUCAUGCUUUGGGGCUGUUUUUCUGCAAAGGGACCAGGACGACUGAUCCGUGUAAAGGAAAGAAUGAAUUGGGCCAUGUAUCGUGAGAUUUUGAGUGAAAACCUCCUUCAUUGAAGAUGAAACGUGGCUGGGUCUUUCAGCAUGACAAUGAUCCCAAACACACCGCCCGGGCAACGAAGGAGUGGCUUCGUAAGAAGCAUUUCAAGGUCCUGGAUUGGCCUAGCCAGUCUCCAGAUCUCAACCCCAUAGAAAAUCUUUGGAGGGAGUUGAAAGUCCGUGUUGCCCAGCGACAGCCCCAAAACAUCACUGCUCUAGAGGAGAUCUGCAUGGAGGAAUGGGCCAAAAUACCAGCAACAGUGUGUGAAAACCUUGUGAAGACUUACAGAAAACGUUUGACCUGUGUCAUUGCCAACAAAGGGUAUAUAACAAAGUAUUGAGAAACUUUUGUUAUUGACCAAAUACUUAUUUUCCACCACAAUUUGCAAAUAAAUUCAUAAAAAAUCCUACAAUGUGAUUUUCUGGAAAAAUUUUCUCAUUUUGUCUGUCAUAGUUGACGUGUACCUAUGAUGAAAAUUACAGGCCUCUCUCAUCUUUUUAAGUGGGAGAACUUGCACAAUUGGUGGCUGACUAAAUACUUUUUUCCCCCACUGUACAUCACAAUCACAGUUCAGUGGAGGUCUAACCAGAAAGAACAUUAAACUGACUUCAUAAAAACAUUCAGCAGGCCCCUCUUUUAUCAUUUUUAUUCAUGAUGUAUCCAGGUGGCCCCAUUAUGUUUAAACAGCAAUCCAACAUUCAUUAUAUUCCAUACAUACAAUCACCAAUACAGUAGGGAAGAUAUCACAAACGGAUUAGACUUUCUAAUCAUGGCUGUAUAUCUCUUCCUGAGCUGCCUAAUCUGGAAGAUGAACCAGAAUGAUCUGGUAGAGAAGUUAGAGAGAGAUCAGAGAAGUAGGAUUGUAGACAAGGACCCUAACUGUCUCUCUAUCCCCCCUCCUAUCUUCCCCUCUAUUUCCCCUGUUUCCCCCUCUUUCUCGGGUACUGCCUCAACCUCUCACCUGUCCUCAUCCUUCCCCUCCAUUCACCAAGCCACCCUUCGAAUACGAAGGCCAACGCCCAAUAUACACCACCUUCACUCCCACUACUUCACUGGCUCGUCUAAGAAGUUGUUGGCGUUAACUUCUGCUGGUAGCUCAGGACAGCUCAGCUCACAGGUAAGAGGACGGUUAGAGAAAUGUAGGAUCACUUCUACCCUCAUAUGUUAAAACACCUGUACUCACUGUCAUAGUCAGUUCUACAGUUCUACCCUCAUAUGUUAAAACACCUGUACUCACUGUCAUAGUCAGUUCUACAGUAUGAAAUGAUACAGUCCACACAUACAGUCUAACUAAUCUCUCAUGUACACUAUGAGUGGUGGGGGUCAGACUGCAGCCCGAUUGUCCCUGCCCUUCUCACUGCUGCCAUGGUGGGCAACAUGUUCACAAUAGAACAGAAAACAGGUCAAAAAUACAUAGAAACAUUUUCUAUUAUAGAAGUAUGUUUCUAUUCUGUUGAUUUGAAUCAAGGAAACCCCAAAGCUGGAGAUGGACUGUCCUCCCAUCCUAGACAUCCCACUGGAGAUGGCUAACAGUGUCAACACAGAGGUAGCUGUGAACACCCAGGAGAACACCCAGAGGAUGGACGAGGAGUUGGGAAGAGAAAGGGGUAACAGCUAAUAUAUUAAUCUGGAUCAAUGAUGAAGUUGAAGUUGUAUAGAAAAACAUCUUUAUUUGGUUCUCUUUAGGUUCUCCUCUCUUCCUGGAACACCAUCACAUGGUAAGACCCUCACUGGACUGAGAGAAAGACUGAAAUUAGAAACUAUUCUUCACACUAUUGGUUGAAUUACAGUAUCUAUUGUUUCUACAUUUUAGAGUUCUCCAGAUGAAUUUACACCUGAAAUCCACGAUCAGGACAACAGGAGAGAAUACCGGUAACUUAAUAUAUUUAAUGUUUCUUAUUGGUAGUUUGUAUAAAAGAAGGACAAUACCUUAAAUCCAGAAAAUCUCACAAAAUGAAAUCCUUCAUUGUUUGUUCUACAGGUUCCAGUGCCCCAGUGCAGGUUUGUUCCAGUGCAGUAUAACAGGCCUGGUGUUUAGGAUGGAGGGAGAGGGAGAGGGAGAGGUGCUCUAUAGGACAGUCCCCUGGGACAGGAGGCUUCUAGCCCAGAGAGGCAAGAGACCUGCAGGACCCCUGUUCAAGUUUACAUGCCUUAAGGGGUCUGUCUGUCAACUACACCUCCCACACUGUCAGAUUCAUUCUGGUAAGUAAUACAUUUCCAGGGAGGUUAUAGACUACGUAUUCUUAAUCACCAUCAGUAGCAUCACUACUCCACUACUUGGUUGUUUUUGUCAUCUGAACAGAAGUCUAAUGUUCUCUUUCUCUCCUAGAGGGUGGAUGUGACUUCCUGUCUGUAGCCCAUGUGACUGAUGAUGACAGUAUGGAGUUUCUCCGUCCCCAUGAGACAACAGAAACUCAUGUCAUAUUAAACAUCAAUGGAUUCAGCAAAUAUGGCAUUACCAAAGAUAAGGAAGCCCCUGUCUCUCCUAUCCGUGGUCUGGUGCUACUAUUUUACCAACUCCCAGAUGAUACAAAUAAUUCCACCCUAAAUGUGUUGUUGCUGCCCAGGAAUGUUGACAUUGAUGAGGUAAGUAGAUUAGAGUUGUCAAAUUCCUCUUUCGUUGGAAUUCUAUCAAACUCAUACUGUUGAACUCACCUUUUGCCACAGAACAUUAUUUUUGGGUGUAACGUAACACUAAAUGGUGAAUCCAAACCAGGGGGGUCUCUCGCUCGCCAACCCAACAUCUUAACCAUUACUUCAAGAUGAUACCCUCAAGGUCCGAGGGCGACAUUUGGGCUUCCAUGUUUCAGGCAGGGCUUACUGUCACGACUUCCUCCGAAGCUGCUUCCUCUCCUUGUUUUCGGGCAGGCUUCGGUGUUCGUCGUCACCAGCCUUCACUGCCACUGCCGCUCCUCAUCUCAUCAUUCCAUUUGUUUUGUCUUGUUUAUUACACACACCUGGUUUCAAUUCCCCUCAUCAGUAGCUGUAUAAGUGUUCCCUCUGCCCCCUUGUCCUGGUUCAUAGCCCCUCAUCAGUACCUGUAUAAGUGUUCCCUCUGCCCCCUUGUCCUGGUUCAUAGCCCCUCAUCAGUACCUGUAUAAGUGUUCCCUCUGCCCCCUUGUCUUUGUGUGUGAUUGAUUAUUGUGGAGGUUAUAUGAGCUCGGUGGAGCUCCUUGUACUUUGUAUCGACAUCGACAUACAGUGGGGAAAAAAAGUAUUUAGUCAGCCACCAAUUGUGCAAGUUCUCCCACUUAAAAAGAUGAGAGAGGCCUGUAAUUUUCAUCAUAGGUACAUGUCAACUAUGACAGACAAAUUGAGGAAAAAAAUUCCAGAAAAUCACAUUGUAGGAUUUUUUAUGAAUUUAUUUGCAAAUUAUGGUGGAAAAUAAGUAUUUGGUCACCUACAAACAAGCAAGAUUUCUGGCUCUCACAGACCUGUAACUUCUUCUUUAAGAGGCUCCUCUGUCCUCCACUCGUUACCUGUAUUAAUGGCACCUGUUUGAACUUGUUAUCAGUAUAAAAGACACCUGUCCACAACCUCAAACAGUCACACUCCAAACUCCACUAUGGCCAAGACCAAAGAGCUGUCAAAGGACACCAGAAACAAAAUUGUAGACCUGCACCAGGCUGGGAAGACUGAAUCUGCAAUAGGUAAGCAGCUUGGUUUGAAGAAAUCAACUGUGGGAGCAAUUAUUAGGAAAUGGAAGACAUACAAGACCACUGAUAAUCUCCCUCGAUCUGGGGCUCCACACAAGAUCUCACCCCGUGGGGUCAAAAUGAUCACAUGAACGGUGAGCAAAAAUCCCAGAACCACACAGGGGGAUCUAGUGAAUGACCUGUAGAGAGCUGGGACCAAAGUAACAAAGCCUACCAUCAGUAACACACUACGCCGCCAGGGACUCAAAUCCUGCAGUGCAAGACGUGUCCCCCUGCUUAAGCCAGUACAUGUCCAGGCCCGUCUGAAGUUUGCUAGAGUGCAUUUGGAUGAUCCAGAAGAGGAUUGGGAGAAUGUCAUAUGGUCAGAUGAAACCAAAAUAGAACGUUUUGGUAAAAACUCAACUCGUCGUGUUUGGAGGACAAAGAAUGCUGAGUUGCAUCCAAAGAACACCAUACCUACUGUGAAGCAUGGAGGUGGAAACAUCAUGCUUUGGGGCUGUUUUUCUGCAAAGGGACCAGGACGACUGAUCCGUGUAAAGGAAAGAAUGAAUUGGGCCAUGUAUCGUGAGAUUUUGAGUGAAAACCUCCUUCCAUCAGCAAGGGCAUUGAAGAUGAAACGUGGCUGGGUCUUUCAGCAUGACAAUGAUCCCAAACACACCGCCCGGGCAACGAAGGAGUGGCUUCGUAAGAAACAUUUCAAGGUCCUGGAGUGGCCUAGCCAGUCUCCAGAUCUCAACCCCAUAGAAAAUCUUUGGAGGGAGUUGAAAGUCCGUGUUGCCCAGCGACAGCCCCAAAACAUCACUGCUCUAGAGGAGAUCUGCAUGGAGGAAUGGGCCAAAAUACCAGCAACAGUGUGUGAAAACCUUGUGAAGACUUACAGAAAACGUUUGACCUGUGUCAUUGCCAACAAAGGGUAUAUACCAAAGUAUUGAGAAACUUUUGUUAUUGACCAAAUACUUAUUUUCCACCAUAAUUUGCAAAUAAAUUCAUUAAAAAUCCUACAAUGUGAUUUUCUGGAUUUUUUUUUCUCAUUUUGUCUGUCAUAGUUGACGUGUACCUAUGAUGAAAAUUACAGGCCUCUCUCAUCUUUUGAAGUGGGAGAACUUGCACAAUUGGUGGCUGACUAAAUACUUUUUUCCACACUGUAUAUACGGAAUAAACCUUUAUUCUGUGAUUUACCCUCCUGUGCCUGACUCCGUCCAAAUCACACGCCACAGCUACCUCAUCAUGACAGUGUGUUCCAAUCCAUUUUCAAUCCUCUCAAGGUGUGUGAGAAAAGGAGGAGAAGGAAUGGAGACAGAGAAAAUCUACAUUGAAAUAAAUCCUAACUGUAGACUAACCCCGGACCAAGAAUACACCCUCUCCACCGAUCUUACAGAUGAACAUCACAUAGAUCCAAAGGUAGGCUAAUAUAUAUAUGACAUGAGCUAGAGAGAGAGAGGAAAUGUGUUAACACAUGUCAAUUAUUUUUGUGACGCUACCUUGAUAAGAUAUAGAAAUCACAUAAUUCCGAUUGACAUGAUACUCAUGCUUUUUUUUCCAGGAAGCAGAGUUUGUGGAUUAUGAUUCCUAUACAAACUACAUGCCAACAUUCCUGUUGCGUUUAAAAACUGUUGUUGAAGAAGUGAAUCUUCUUCUGAAAGAACAUGACGGUCCUGAAAAUGAACGCGUAUGGAACCGCCUUGUUUCACUACCAGGUAACUGAAAUUCAGAGAGAGUAGGAGUUACUAUAGAACUAGUAGUAAUAGUAGCAUUUUACAUUUACAUUUUACAUUAGUAGCAAUCAUCAUAAUAGUAUGGUAGUAGUGCUGUUGUUGUUGAUUUAAUCUAAUUAUGAUACAAUUGAUUAUUUCACCAUAUAAAUGUAGUACAUCACCUUCUCUUUUAAUCCACAGCCUCACCAACAGAAGUGAAGUCUACAGGUAACUGGUCUCAUCAAACCUUAUACUUGUCUUAGUCUCAUCAACUCACAAUUCAAUUGGGAACAACUCAUAUUCUCCUAAUGGUUCUGUGUUGUAAAAUAGAUUGUGUGUGCGCCAUUUGAUUUGACCUGCGGUUUAACCUCAUAAACUGCACCAUAAAUUUAAACGACUAUAUUCUUUAUAGUCUGUCACUUAUUUUGUUAAAGGUCCUGCACAGUCAAAAUCAUGUUUUUCAUGAAAUGUGAUGAUAUUCGGAUUAAAUCAGAUCAAAUUAGGAUGACCAAAGUAUGAAAAAUGACUGUUUCUUCUGCAUUGAUAAAGUUAUCAUAAAGGUACUCAUCCUCUCCCCCAUGUCAACCACUUGGAUUCAGGAGCUGGGAUUAUUAAAGGAUUUUUGUGACAUUAUUUUCUUACCUAAUUUAAAUAAGUACCGCCUUGUAACCAACAUCGCAGAAGGCGUAUUCGCAGAGGGGUGUGGAUUACAUAGCAGCGUGUUCGAUGAAUAGGGGAAACCUGUAAUUAUAUUUUCUAAGGCAAAUAUACUUUCCGCUUUCAUCUGUGUCUGGUGUUAGCUAGUUACUGGCUAGCUAGGUCUUUCAUCAGCAUGGAACAAAAGUGGGGGAAGGUUAGCCCAAAACUCAGACCCAUUUGUCAUGUCAUUACAUCAAGAGACAUGCCAAACAUGAGAUUCAUACAAACUUCUUGACAUCAUUGAUAGUCAUGAUAUAUGAACAUUGUCUGACUGAGUGUACAAAACAUUAUGAACACCUGCUCUUCCCUGACAUAGACUGACCAGGUGAAUCCAGGUGAAAGCUAUGAUCCCUUAUUGAUGUCACUUGUUAAAUCCACUUCAGUCAGUGUAGAUGAAGGGGAGGAGACAGAUUAAAGAAGGAUUUUUAAGGCUUGAGACAAUUGAGACAUGGAUUAUUUAUGUGUGCCAUUCAGAGGGUGAAUGGGCAAGACAAGAGAUUUAAAUGCCUUUGAACGAGAUAUAGUAGUAGGUGCCAGGCGCACCGGUUUGUGUCAAGAACUGCAACGCUGCUGGGUUUUUCACGCUCAACAGUUUCCUGUGUGUAUCAAGAAUGGUCCACCACCCAAAGGACAUCCAGCCAACUUGACACAACUGUGGGAAGCAUUGUUGUCAACAUGGACCAGCAUCCCUGUGGAACGCUUUUCGACACCUUGUAGAGUCCAAACCCAGACCACAACCAGUAAAGUUUCAACAAACAUUUUCCAAGAUGAUCUAGCUAGCUAGCUCGAUAAACAGUGCUGAAAAUUCAAUUUGGUCUAGCUAGUGUUGGUGAACACAUAAUUCAGGAGAGGGAGUACAAACCAUCGACGCUAGACAGAGAGGAAUUUGCUUAAUGCAAAAAGGCAGUUUAUUAAAACAGAGAGAUCUUGUCCUGCUCAAGCUACAUGCAUGGACCCCAAUCAAUUGCCUCUCAUGGAGACAGUUGAGAAGGAAUGAUUAAACAGAGUUUACAACAUCUUUUAUACAAUGUAACAGCAAGGGAGGGAUCCCUCUCCUAGUCCCUCGAUUGGCUCCCGAGGCGUAGGAGGCGGGUCUGCUCUGUCCAGAGUAGAAGCCCCAUUGGUGCACGGCAGAGUCCUCUGCCCUUGACACCCGACCAGUAGAAGGGGGGUUUGAGAAUGAGUGUGCGUGCAAAUGAAAUGUUUGUGUGUGUCCAGGGAACUCGUGGGGAGUAUGUUGGUUUAUGGCCGGAGGUGGGGGGUGUUGUCCUAUUAUCGCAUUCCUAGUAAGAUUAGGCCAUCUGGUGAGAAGAUAAGGUGUUCUCCUGUCCUUUGUUCUCUACUCAAAUGUUAUCACAGACAACAGCACACUGUUAGUAUCAGACACAUGACACAGAACAGUACGCUGUUAGUAUCAGACACAUGACACACUCCUGUAACAGCAUUUAUUGAAAACAAGCUCCUAACACAAAUGGGUCUUGCACAACCUCUUGCACAACAUAUAGUCAGACCAAUCUAUAACAUUUUAUAUUUACUACGACACUAGCUAAAUUAUACAGCAACCAUUAUUUCUAUAUUGACGCUGUAACCAAACAGGAUAAACAAAUAAUUUGUGAAACCAUGAUAUGAGUUGCUUUGUGUAUCAGCAAAUUAUCUUGAGAUAAUCUCAUUGCAUCACUGCGUCCAUGUUGCUUGACAUAGGCGGUUUCAAAGAACUGUCAGUCAAGGUGAGCUCCCCAGCCAAUUAGCUCCCCGCCCACUCAGUCUGUCUUUUCAGACUUCCUGGUAGUUUCACAUGAGAUAAACUUUUUAUCGGGGAAAAAUAUUGUUGGUGAUGUUUUAGUCUGUAGCUAGGUUACAUCCAGUUUGCGACAGAUUUUCAUGUGAAUAUUCUAAAAUCUGCACAAAACAGUAUGCACAUUUUCCCACAAGAGAUGUUUCCAUCAAACUGAUUUAUAGAGAGCAAUAGUGAUGGCGUCUUUUUGUAGGCACUAACUCCGCCAUGGUUCGUUGGGAAAGGCCUAUGGGAAAAUGAAUGGCGUUUUUGUAAGGUUUUUCGAUAAUUGCCGAAAAUAAGGUCUGCGGUAAACACAGGCUUAGGAGAGUUUAUACGUUUUGUUCUAUGAGAUAAUCUUUAUCAGCUAAACUUUUUGUGAAUUCUUUUAACGUUUAUGUAGUAAUAAAAAACAAAGCAUAAAGGCUUCAUAAUUCAUAAAGGUCCUGUUGACUGACUGAUAAUAAUAAUAAUAAUAUGCCAUUUAGCAGACGCUUUUAUCCAAAGCGACUUACAGUCAUGCGUGCAUACAUUUUUGCGUAUGGGUGGUCCCGGGGAUCGAACCCACUACCUUGGCGUUGCAAGCGCCGUGCUCUACCAGCUGAGCUACAGCUUAUGAGCUUCAUAAAACAAAACGUAUAAGAUCUCCUAAGGCUGUGUUAACCUCGGACUUAUUUUGGACAUUUAUACUGUAUUCUUUCCAUAGGGAUGGCUGAACGAACCAGAGGUAACUCAUUUCCGGGUUUUAGGACUACAAGCUAGCGAGCUCUAUUGCGGAUAAAAUGCUGUGCGUGGUGACGUACUGCACAUAGAAAUAACUUGGCGUUGUGCACAUAAAACUAAAUUCCCAUGUACUGAAUGAAAAAUAGAAGUUAAAUGGGUUUCCAACGCAUUAAAUGGGUUUCCAAAUGAGAACCUGUUCUCAACUGGCUUACCUGGUUAAAUAAAGGUGAAAUAAAAAAUAAAAAAAUAAAAAUUUCAACUCUACUGAUGGUUUUGUCACAAAAACUGUUACGUUAUAACAAAUGUGCCCACUCUGGUCUUGGCACGUGCGCUCUAGCCAACAGCUAGAUACAGUGCAGGUCGGCUACCUACAUUAUGAGAUUAUUAUGGAUAAGAGCGAUAUUAUUUGUAUUAGUCAAACGGCAGCAAAGCAUAGUUCAAAAUGUCACCAGAAUAAGACCCUCGAUAUUUAUUGGAAAGGAGCAUAAAGCUCAUCACCUUGCAUAUUCACCACCCUGUGAAGUUUAUCAUAACUUAUUUCAUCUUAGGCCUGAACUGCAUGCUUUCCCAAGUCUUAAUGGGAGGACCACACAACAUAUCGCGUGACUCCAAAUUUACUCCGAUAUGUUGGUUAUUAUAUAAAUAUUUGCGUAUAAAGGCGUUUUCCACUCCCAUUUCUCGCAUGAAGGCGUUUUCCACUCCCAUUUCUCGCAUAAUACAUUUUACCGAUACAAAAAGAUCCCACCAUGUCAAAUAGACUAAUUGUCUGUCGGCAUUUAUAAAAGUGUACCAGCAUUUCCUGUUUAUCGUGACUUUUUCAUGCGUCAGGUAAUUCAUACGCAUGAAAUGGUUACUCAAAAGGCUAUUUUACUGACUCAGAAUGACUGUUCGCGACCUUUAACAAGUUAUAUUUUGUAUCUACAGUUACACCACAUGGUGGCACUACAGCAGGUAAAUAUCUCACAAUCUUCAAAACCAUAAACAUGUUGAAUGUCUUCAAUUGCAAUUAUUAAAGGUAGACUCAGCAAGAUGGCAUCAUCACACACAACAGGGAACUAGUUUACCUACACAAACAUACAAGGAUAAUUCAGAUCCGUCAGGACUGUUUAUUUUAGUUAUUAUGAUGUCACAUGUUAUAGUUCUCAUUGUUUUAUGUUUCUGUAUCUAGGGACAACAGCACAUGUUUCUUAUCUGCUGCUGGGCACUCUGGCAGAGCUGGUUUCAGAACAGCUGGAGACAUUCCAGUGGCACCUGAGUCAGGGAGUGGAGGAUUUUCCUUCAAUCCCAAAGAGCCAGUUGGAGAACGCUACCAGACAGGCCACAGUGGAUAUGAUGGUGCAGCGAUACCUUGACGACGGCACUGUGAAGAUCACACUGGAGAUCCUGAGGAAGAUGGGCCAGAACAAACUGGCUAUUGAGUUAAAGGAGAAGUUGACAAAUGAAUGUCUGAAUGUGCAGCCUCAACACAACAUGCGUGAACAAUGA